AUGGAGUUCAAGCCGAGCGAUCAGUUCAGUGAGACCUCGCCCCUCAUCGAACCCGUCGAUCAUGCAGGCGACGGCGACUUAUUCAUGGUACCCCUGAAGCGACCCUCCCCGAAGCUACCGUCUUCUCAGUACGGAAACGGGAGGCCGAUGUCGCCAUCCAGGUCCCCGGCGGCGCCGUCGCGGUCGCCGUCGGCGCGAGCAGACCCCGAGAAGUCUCCCCAACCCACAGGGCCACAGCUCGCCGCCGGCAACUACCAGGGCUCGCCAAUGUCCGGGUGUACCGUCAAGCCCGACAGCCCCCCAAUGUUCAUCUCGCCCCUCAUGUCUCCCGAGUCGGGGGUGCUAGGAAUUGACGGCAUCUUAGCCUCCCACGUGAUGGGGACUCCCGGGUCCCUGCUCUACAACAGCCCUCCGCUGUCUGGAGAAAACAACACAAAGACGGUCUCGUCACCCGUCAUUCCCGCCGGCUCGACUCCGGCACGGCAGAGCCCGGGACCGCCGUCCUCCUCCAGCAAGGAAGAAGACACAACCUCGGCCAGCCGAUCUACCGGCGACAAGCCCAACCAGUCGUCCACGAAACCGUCCUCGGUCGACAACGACUGCCCGCCCGUCGUCGUCGAGCAGAAGCCGGACCUGGACGCAGGUGAGCCGCCCCGGCCCCCGGAACUCCCUCCGCGCUCCGGCACUCGCUACGGUAUCGCCUCGGGGCGCAACAAUCAGCUGCCGCCUCCCAACCUCGGCCUCGCACUGGACCUCCCCGACGGAAACGACCGGGGCCUCCUCGCGCCCCCGCCGGAUCGCAUCUCUCCCCGCAGCCCGCUCCGGUUACCAUCAUCACCACCGCCCCGGUCGCCCGGCGGGGGCAGCGGCCUCGGCAAGAAGACGGCGGCGACGGGGAGCUGGGCGGUGCCGGAGUCGCCGCUGGAGCGGCUGUCGCAGGUGCGGGCGACGCCGGACUCGGCGUACGACCGGGCGCGGCAGAUGGAGCUGCGGCGGUCCGAGUGGAAGCACGUGGUGUACCGGUUCCCCGUCCGGGGCGCGGACGACUGGGUCAUCGACGCCGACCUGACCGAGAGCUCGCACGCCCGCCUCGCCGAGGUCGCCCGCCGCUCCGGCGACGGCUUCGAGUGGAACGGCGACUACGAGCUCGCGAACAUCUACCGCGUCCUCGCUGCCGCCCACACCCGUGUCAUGGAGCAGAUGAGGGCCGAGAGGAGAGGCGUGCGCCUCUGA